AUUACAUUUACAAAUAAAACGCUUGAUUCAAAUUUAAAUAAUUUUACUGGCUAAUAUUUAACAUCCGUUAAAAUUCCUUUUUACAGUGUAACAUCGAGAACUGAUGAUAAAAAGAACAUCCUGACCCUGCACUCUGCUUUCUGCUGUGCAUGCUCUCAUUCAUGUGAACCACUGUGCAGUUUCACGCCUCUGUGAGCAUGCAAAUUUAGCUGCUUGUUUUUUAGCACUCAUUUUUAAUGCCUGCGUAUUUGUUUUUCAUCCUUGGACACGGCCUUGCACAGUUUAGCAUGUAAUCCUUAUAUUUAUGCUGAAUUGAUCACAUACACUCCCGCAAGAUUUAUAUGCAAUGCAUCUAGUGAGAGCUAAUUUCAAACCAACUGGCUGAAAAGCAGAGAAGAAACAGAAAUGUGCGCAGUGGUUGGCAGGCUUCGAAACUUUCUUAAGCUUCUAAUCUGCCAGAGUUGAUACUCUCGCUGAGCACUUGGACUGCUCGACAAAGCUUAUUGCAGCUCUUAUGGGAAAAUACAACACUCAAUUUAAAAUGUUUCUUGUUUUUCAAAGAACAGGCAUGCAUUAUGUUAGUUGCUGAUCCUGCAUUGAUCUGACACAUAUCUACAAACUUAAAGAUCUUAAAAUCUGGGCACACGUAUCCAGUUAAGUCCUGCUCUUGCACGCUUUAUAAAAUGAGAAAAAAAAACAACGUUUAUUUUUAUCAUGCACAGUUAAACAUCUGAUCAUUUCUUUUUUUUAGGUCUUAGUAUGCAUGUAGAUGUAAGAUCAAGUGAGACCACGGUGGGGAAAAGAUGCACCAGCAAGCUCCUCGGAUAUUCUCCUCGCUUCAGCCUCAGCGUGCAAACUGCAGGGAUUAAACUGAUGUUCUCCCCAUGAGUUGGUGUUUGAUUGUCGUGAAUAGCAUUAAUUACAAAGUAUACAUGCACUCAAACAGUGCGCAGCCACAGAGAUUCACGCACUCGCCAAGAGUGCACUGCUUCGAGCUUUAAGCGGCUGGGGCGGGACGGUGCGCGGAGCGAGGCGGGGACAGUGUGCGCUCUGGUCGGGUUGGUGGACAGCUGAUUGUCCGUGUCAUUAACUGAGUUCGGGAGGGGGGCGUUCCCAGAGACCCCGCCUCCUUCACCUACUAUAGUUUCUUCUGUUUGGCAUCCCAGAGAUGGUCCGCAGAGAUUCCUCAGGGGAAGGGAAAAGAGCGCAAAUCACCCGAGCAGGAGCGGGAUCAACCGAGGAGCGGAUAACCAGAACUGCCUUCUUAAUUGGGCGUAAUCUUCCGUUUCAUCCAUCUGAGCAGGAAGGAGGACUUUUGCUUUUAAAGAAACGGAGCAAAGAGAAAAACCUGUUUCAUCUUUCAUCUGUGGCCUGUUUGUUGCAAAAACUGACAUUUUUGCUUGUAUUUUUAUUUAUUUAUUUAUUUUUUUUAUCAGCUGUACCUUGAUCCGAGGAAGGGGAGACUGUCACCGACUCGGCGCACAUUCUCAUCCUGCGCGCCCCCCUUUCAUCGCUCUCACGUCGCUCCUUUUCGCAGCUGCUGCCUCCCAUUCUUCCUCGACAUGAAGAGCAGCUAACCCUGGAUGCUGACAGCUCCCCCUUUUCUUCCCACAUGUCGCAUCUUUUGUUUACUUUGAGAGGAACGCGCGCGUCUAAACACCGAGUGGAAUAGACCCACGCCACUUUGCUCCUGUGACAGCGCUAUCAAAGAGAGACGCCGAGAGCAGAGAAGGGGAGGCAGAGAAGAGAGGAAAAAGGAGGAUAGAGACAGAGGAGAGAGAGAGAUAGAGAGAGAAAGAAAGAGAGAGAGAGACAGAGUGAAGGUGCGUUUUGAUGUUUGGCAUCCACGAGAGCAUCCAGAGGAGUGGGAGUAGUAUGAAAGAGGAGCCCAUGGUGGCCGGAAUGAACGCGGUUCGGACAUGGAUGCAGGGCGCCGGAGUAUUGGACGCCAACACAGCCGCCCAGAGCGGAGUGGGUCUCGCUCGGGCGCACUUCGAGAAGCAGCCGCCCUCCAACCUCCGCAAGUCCAACUUCUUCCACUUCGUCCUGGCUUUGUACGACAGACAGGGUCAGCCAGUGGAGAUAGAGAGGACCACCUUUGUCGACUUUGUGGAGAAGGAAAAGGAAACGACGGGGGAAAAGACCAACAAUGGCAUUCAUUAUAGGCUGCAGCUCCUCUACAGUAACGGAAUCCGGACAGAGCAGGACUUGUAUGUUCGGCUCAUUGACUCCAUGACUAAACAGGCAAUUGUUUAUGAAGGUCAGGAUAAAAAUCCAGAGAUGUGUCGGGUCUUGUUGACCCACGAGAUCAUGUGCAGUCGGUGCUGUGAUAAGAAGAGUUGCGGCAACAGGAACGAGACCCCAUCAGACCCUGUCAUCAUCGACAGGUUCUUCCUCAAGUUCUUCCUGAAGUGCAACCAGAACUGCCUGAAGAAUGCAGGGAACCCUCGAGACAUGAGGCGUUUUCAGGUGGUAGUCUCUACUACGGUGAGCGUUGAGGGCCAUGUCCUGGCCGUGUCCGACAACAUGUUUGUGCACAACAACUCUAAACACGGUCGGCGAGCUCGACGGUUGGACCCUUCGGAAGGAACACCAUCCUACCUGGAACACGCAACCCCCAGCAUCAAAGCCAUCAGUCCUAGUGAAGGCUGGACCACAGGGGGCGCAACAGUCAUCAUCAUCGGAGACAACUUCUUCGAUGGCCUCCAAGUCAUUUUUGGAACAAUGCUUGUCUGGAGUGAGUUGAUCACUCCCCACGCCAUCCGUGUGCAGACUCCACCCAGGCACAUCCCAGGGGUGGUGGAAGUCACACUGUCCUACAAAUCCAAACAGUUCUGCAAAGGCACACCUGGACGCUUCAUCUACACAGCGCUAAACGAGCCAACAAUAGACUACGGCUUCCAGAGAUUACAGAAGGUCAUCCCCAGACACCCUGGAGACCAAGAGAGAUUACCCAAGGAGGUGAUUUUAAAGCGAGCAGCCGACUUGGUGGAGGCCUUGUACGGGAUGCCUCACAAUAAUCAGGAGAUGAUUCUGAAACGAGCAGCAGACAUUGCAGAGGCCCUCUACACAACGGUGCCACGGGGUCACAACCAACUCGCCAGCCUGGGCAGCAGCUCCGUCCAUGCUGGCAUGAUGGCCGUAAACUCCUUCACUGGGUCGGAGGUGGCGCAAACAGCCAAUCAGGGUUUCAGUAGAAGUACAAGCAGUGUGUCUCCUCAUGGUUAUGUUCCCAGCUCCACUCCUCAGCAGAGCAGCUACAGCUCUGUCUCCACUAGCAUGAAUGGCUACGCUAACUCUGGCAUGGCAACCCUGGGCACCUCACCCAACUUCCUCAAUGGAUCUGCAGGCAACUCGCCCUAUGCUAUUGUUCCAUCCAGUCCGACCAUGGCGUCGUCAACCAGCCUGGCAUCCAACUGCAGCAGCUCCUCCGGCAUCUUCUCUUUCUCUCCGGCUAACAUGGUCUCUGCUGCCGUCAAGCAGAAGAGCGCCUUUGCCCCCGUCGUUCGGCCCCAGAACUCGCCACCUCCCACAUGCACCAGUGCUAAUGCUAACAGCCUGCAAGCAAUCCCUGGUAUGAUUGUUCCACCCAUGUAGAGGAUGUGGGAAGCUGGAGAUGUUUGGGGGGAAUGCUGAGAGGAAAAGACACAGUAGCAGAGCCUGGCGAGUCUCUGUUAUUCUCCAGAGCUUAAGUGAAGGAAGCAAAGAUAAGACGCGGGACUGUAAAACUCAGGCCUUUCCUAUGGGAUUUCAUCAGAAUGGUAAAUGGAAGAAGAUAAAGGGGACAUAUUGAGCCUUUGUGAUGUUUUUUCUCUUUUUUGGUUGAAUUAGUGUAGCAUCUCUGACACCAUGUUGGAUGGAGUUUAAAGAGACUGAUCGCUUGCCCACAGUGUGACACUGACCUCAUGAAGAGAGCAUUUAUUUAUCUUGAUGUUUAUGGCUGGAAGCUUUGGGUUUGAUUACAGAAGGCCUCCAAGCUGUCUUGCAGCCUGUACUGUCCAUGAAGUUCUCUCAUUGACUUAAGCGGCUCUCUUGAAACCUCCUCGCACAGGUCUGCAACAUAAAACAUAAAGAAAUCUUAGAAGAGAACAAAAUCCACCCUCAAUUUUUGCUGCUAAUUAUCUAAUAAAUCUAAAGAGUUGUCCUUUAAAAAUACCCCAACCUGCCUUUGUAUUUUUUUUUUUCAUUUCUCAUUUGGUUUAUUUGUAUGAAUUUUGAUAAAACUGUGAGGAUUGAGCUGUUUGCAAUAUACUUUUCUCUGCUUUUGUCAUGUGAAGAAAAAGAUGAAGAUUUAGUCUUUUGUUUUUUUUUUUUGGUUGGAGAUGAUGGGCAAGACUUGAAAAGCCAGAGGAUGUGCACGUCCAGCCAGCACUGUUACUGAAAGAGCCUAGCAAUUAUUAAAUUUAAUUAAAAAAAAGCGUGAUAUAUGUGAUAUAUUUUUGUAUAUAUUAAAGAAAAAAAGGAUUUUUGUUCUUUUUUUUUUAAUCUGGCAUCUCGUUUCCUUUUGUGGUAGCUAUAGUUUGGGAUGUAAGCAUUAAACGUCUUAUGGCAGCUUCUCAAUACAAACAAUAGUUUCUUUUUGUUGUGUCAAUAUCUCAUCUGAAAAACAUGACAAAACAUGGAUUUGAAUUUGUAAAAGGGGAGUCCUGUAAAAUAUUCUAUAAAUAAUGUAUUUAUCCUGUGUAUGUACAUUGACCUUCACCAUCGUUUAGUUGUGUUGUGUACGUUUAAUACAAGUAAUUAAAUAUUUUUCACAGUGUUUUGCUUUGUUACUGUUGUCUCUCACUAUUUAAAUGUGACUUUUAAUUGAUUUUUUUUUUAAACGUUGACUGUUUUUGCAUUGAUACGCUUUUUUUUUUCUCAUUCAAAACAUGCCAUUGUCUAUUUUUGUAUUAUUUGUAAGUUAAUAAAAAUUCUGUUCUUUUUUUUCCUUAUACAAAUGUUUAUUGUACGGCAAAAAAGUAGCAUCUUUGCAGAGUAUUUGGUUGAGGUAGAUUUUUUAAGAAUAUAAACACACAUUAAUAUAUACUGUAAAUCUAUAUCUUUUUGUUUGAACAUUUGAGGCUUUUAGAUGGAUACUGUUCUUGAUCUGAUAAUAUGCAUGGGUUUUUCUCUUGAGUGACUGCUGUUUGUGUGUCAGGGCGUGUAUGUGUGUGUGUGGCUGGGUGUGUGUGUGUGUGUGUGUGUGUUGUGUGUGUGUGUGUGUGUGUGUGUGUGUGUGGGUGGAAACCAAGAGACCUAAGGAAACGCUUGGUUUAUUCUGUUGUUGUGUUCCUUUUUUCCUCCCUUUGUUCUUUCUUUUAUGUUAUUUAUGCCUGCUUACAUCUACUAUCUAUAUACUCUUUCUUUUUUCUGCCACUGUAAUCUUUACCAGCAGUCUAGAUGCCUUAACAAUGCAAACCCUUUUUCUUCAUUCAAUCACGUGUACAGUUUUCUACCCUUCACCACAAUUGUGUGUUGCCACAGAGGAAUUCACGAGAACUUUGGGGACAAAGCACAAACCCGCUCUGUUUGGUGCUGAAGCCAGACUAGAAUACAAAGAGCCAUAAUUCAACGAUCUCACACGCCCCGAUAUACUAUAAUGCCAAGGCAAUGGCAUGCUUUGAAAAAGGCAGUCAGAGCAGACUGACGCUGCCAUGCUUGCUGCACAUUAGUGUUGAAAGAAAAUGUUUCGUUUUUUUUGUUCCUGAUUGUGUAGCUUUCUCUCAAUUGGGAAAGAGAAAAUGUCACCAGCAUGAUGGUGACAUUUUUUCCAGUUUCACAACACAAAGUAGUACUUUUUGAAUUUUAGAUGAGUCACAGCACAAUUUUAAUAUCUGGCCUGCGUUAGCUGACGGACAGCUCGGCCUCAUCACUAACUAAAGAGAACGGCAGCACGUGAGGCUGCACAAGAAGCACCUCUUUUGCCCACCGUCGGCUAUUUCCGUAGUUUUCUCUUUGUCUCCACCGUGUGUCUUCAAGCUUUUGCUUUUCUGGGGGCGAAAAGGAGCUGUUGUCUCUUUGCUUUUCUUUUCUAGGGGCCUGGUGUUGUCAAAGUGGCUAGAAAGGAUCAUUUUAGCAGCAGCACCUGCUGACAGACAAAUGUUUUUCAGGCACUUACGUUCCUGUGCCCGCCCAGGCCGGGACGCAGGGGUGUGGGGGAAGUGGGAGAAGUGGGGGGUGGGGGUGGUCCAGUCUGUUUCAGAUAAUCUGCAGAGGUCUGUUGUCAUACAAUGGCAUCUUUGUAAGCAACGUUCCAUCCUGAACAUGAAUAUCAGUAAUGGGUGGCAAAGUUUUGUAUUUAGGUAACAAACAACACGAACAAAAAAAAAAAAAAAAAAAAGAUGCAAACCAAAUAGCGGGUGUCUAUUUUUUCCUCUGUUUUGUCUUUGACUGCAAAUACACUGAACAGCUCUAUAAUAUAAGGGAAUUAAAAACCUCUACUGUAUAGAUUGUUAUUGUUUUUGAUGAAAAAUGAGCUGUAAGAUAACUUUUGGACUCUCACAAUGUUAAUUAAAGUUACCUCUUGUCUGUGA